AUGGGGAGGGGGCUCGGGGGGGCGGUGGCUGGAAGGGACCCCGGUUGCUCCUGGGGCCUCUUCCCCGGCAAGGCCGAUCCAUUUAGGGAGGUGAGAUACGGGAAGAUCCCGGAGGCCGGCGCGGAGGAGGAGGAGGAGAGGGAGCGGGCGGAGGAGGCCGCCCCGACGGCGGAGGCCCCCCCGCGGCCCCGGCCCCCCGGGGGUCCCGACCGUCCGGCCGCCGCCGGCGACCCCCCGUCCGAGCCGUCCCUGGACCGCAUCUGCCUCCUCCUGGCCGACGUCGCCUCCCUGAAGAGCUUCGACUCCCUGACCGGCUGCGGGGACAUCACCGCCGACCCGGAGGACGAGGCCGGGCCCCCCGGGGCCCCCGGGGCCCCCGGAGCCCCCGGAGCCCCCGGGCCCGACCGGGCCAGGCCGGCCCCCUCCCCCAAGAAGCCCAAGGCGCCGGCCUUCCAGGGAGGCGGAGAGGGCCUGGCCACCCCCGACGGCCGACAGAUGCCCCGGACCCCCGGGACUCGCGGGGCGGGAAAGGGGGAUGCGGACAGACCCCCGGACGGGCCGCGGGACGGGGCACGGGACGGGGCGCCGGACAGCGCGCCGGACAGAGCGCCGGAAAGGGCACGGGACGGGCCGCCGGACGGGCCGCCGGACAGGGCCCCGGACAGAGUGCCGGACGCAGCCCCGGACGCUGCCCCGGAUGGAGCCCAGGAUGGAGCCCCGGACGGAUCCCUGGAUAAAGCGUCGGACAGACCCCCGGAGAGACCGUCGGACGGACCCCCGGAGAGACCGCCGGACGGACCCCCGGAGAGAGCGCCGGACGGAGCCCCGGCCAGAGCCCCGGCCGUCGGGGCCCGGGAGGGCUCGGCGGCCGCCCGCCCGCGGCUCCACCGGAUCCCCAUCCCCGUCCCCCACAAGGAGGACCCCGCGGACAGGGAGAAGGAGCCGCAGGAGGGGGUCCCCAACAGCGACGAGGGCUACUGGGACUCCACCACCCCGGGCCCCGAGGAGGACGGCGCCCACCGCCUGCAGAAGGAGGGCCUCCCCAGAGACAGCUGCAGCGGCGACGCCCUGUACGACCUCUACGCCGACCCCGACGCGGCCCCCGACCCGGAGGCCCCCGGCGGCGGGCCGCGCUCCAAGCCGGCGUCCCCCGGCCCGGUGACCGGUUCCCUCAAGACCCCCGGCGGCGCCCUCAAGGACUCCAAGAUCCCCAUCAGCGUCAAGCACCUCCCCGCCGGCCACCACGUGGGCCACCACCUGCCGCCCAGGAGCGAAGCCCCCAGAACCAAAAUCCCCGUCUCCAAAGUGUUGGUCCGGCGGGUCAGCCACCGGGGCUUGGUGGGGACCGCGCUCAGACCGGCCACAGCUUGCCACGACAGUGCCAAGAAGCUGUGACAGCCUUGGGCCCAGAAGGGUAGCGUCCUGGGUAGCCAUGGUCCCCUCCGCCCUGCGCCCUGCUCGCCAGAUCCCGCUCUCCGGGAGGGUGGAACCCCCCCCCCCCACCACCACACACAUACACACACGUGUGUGUACACACACAUGCGCGCACACACACGUAUCGGGGGUCGGCCCCCGUGGAGAGGGAGGCGGGUCGGAGAGGCGGGGAAGCUGCACCCCCCCCCCCCCCGCCCCUCCAGGGAAGAAGCAGUGGGUUCUUUUAAAAGCCUUUUAAAAAGAAUCUUUUUAUCUGUUUUUCAAGCACUAACCUUGCCCGCCCCUUCCCCACACCAGCCUUUGCAGAAUUGGGACAUUUUCCACCCCCUCGGCCUCCGGAGCUUCUGCCCGGACUGUCCGAUGCUGUCAUCGACGGUCUUCCCUGGGUGGGGGCGGUCUUCUGUAUUCCUGCCCCCAAGACCUCGCUGCAGGACCCUUUGAGUCCUUAUUUAUUUUAUUUUCCUGAAAAAUGACCCCUUGGCCUACUACUUUAGAAAUAAAUCCUCCCCCCCACCCCCACCCCGUUGUGAAAGAAUCCGGGUAUUUACGGACCACGCAGACAGAAGCGAGCCGUGAGUGAGAGGUCCAGGUCACUCUGCGGGCCGACUGGCCCCGACGGGCGUUCUUGGGCGGGGAAAUGGCUCAGUUCCGCUAGUUGGGGUGCCGGAGAAAUGAGGGCAGACCCCGUGCGUGGGUGGGUGGGCCCUGGGCACAGUCUUGGCUCUCAGUGUCCUUUUUGAGGCGGAAUCGGGGUCAGGGAACGGGUCUCACAGAACACCACCACCCAGCCAGCCUUCGUCCCUCACGGCCCUCUGGUCGUGGAGACCGAUGCGUUCUUACGGUUUUACUGGGUGCUUUACCUGGUCUUCAACCAGCCAGGAAUCUGGAUUUUCAGGGUUGGUUUUUAGAGCGAGAUCAAGUGAUGAUCCAUCAGCUGGGGGUGGAGGGGGGCCUCCUCUGUUCUUAAUAUACCGGAGCAAAAGUCUUUCCACGCUACUGGAGCUCUUUUCUGCGAUCAAAAGCCCAGUGGGCCGAGGCCUUGCCGGAUGAAGGGUCUCGCGUUUUUACUUUCAAACUCCUCCUUCCCAAGGGGCGUAAUAUGGGCCGGCUCCGCUCAGCGGGAGGAAAGCGAGGGGAAGAAAACGGGAAUGUGUGGCUCUUUAUGUCUAGUUUGGUUUUCAGUUUAAUGACCUUUUGACCCCAAAAGGUAUCAAAAAUAUACAACUGACUGAUUGGGGUAUUCUGGAUGCUUUGGUGGAUAAUUUUCCCGCCCCGCAGAAAAGCGGCUCCUGAAACUGUGCACUGUCCAUCUCUUUAGACACCUCCCCCCCCCCACCCCCCAAAAAUAAAAUCAAUUCUCAAGUUUCGUGUAAUGGGUGGGCCUGCAUACUUGGUACGCUAGACUCGACAGACCUCUGGGAUGCCGUGGAGAGAAAAUGAGUAAUAUACAUACAGUGCCUAUAUAGAGAGAAACAUUAAGGUCGAAAUACACCGUUUAUACCUAGAUUAGGUAUCGGUGUGGGGAGGUUAGAAUUUCUGAAGGGAGCUGUUUCGGGGACUAGGGAGAUUAGAAUUGCUCUUUCGAAUCGUAAAAACCAAACUGAGGUAAUCGCGUCGUUAUCAACCCCCACUUACCUGAGCGAUGGCUCUAACGUUCCACAGACUUUCGCUCCGGUUUUCAGAUGUACGAGCCGAAAGAAUUGCCGUUUUAAGUGCGUGAAGACCGGUUUUGGUAAAACGGAGGCUGGAACCGGGAGAUUUAUUUUGGCUGAAGGGUAUGCAGCGUUGGGCCUGAAGGGAGGUGCUCUCAUCCUUUCUCAUCUUGGAGGCCUCUUGGGAGGAGAAGGGCUCUUUCCUGACUUGGUCCUUUAGAGACCCAAGCUCGGGUUCUAUGGCUUGAUCUCAGAUCCUUAGUGUCACCUCCAACUGAUGUUUCACCUUCACAGGGCUAACUUAAUCGUUAGACCCUGUCUGGGUUCUUACUAAACUCCCUGUGACUGCUGCGAGCUCCGGGUAGGGCAGGGACUGAUGCGCUGGCUCUACCCCGGGGCUUAGCGCGGGACUUAGGGAGAGCGCUGAUUCAAUGCCAUUAAAAAAGAAAAGACAACAUGGCCCCACUCCCGGUUGCGCCUCUGCAAGUGGAGCUAGAGCCCCCGGCAAUCGAUCGCCGUGCGGGGUAGGUGCCGGGAGCUGAGCUGAGCUCACCGCGUGGCUCGGUGCCCGUCGGCUCACGGUGUCGUCUGCGCGGGCAGUGGGGCUGACCGCCCACGGGGAACCGUUCUGGCCACCAAGUCCUCCCCGGAGCGUCCUCAAACCCUCUUAUCUCUGCCUGCCGACGCACGGCCAGGCACCGAGCAAAGGAGGAACGAGCCCGGUGCUUUGCUGAAUAAACUUCCUGAAGCGUGAGGGCAUUCGAUUUGAAUGGAGAAAGGGGAACUGGAUUUGACCCGACGGUGCUGGUGACUUCUGGAAUGGACAGAACGAGUGCUCCCUUAGGUGACUGUCCAAACCAGGGGAAGCUAACGGAUCCCAACGGUUGAACGGUGGGUCUUUAUUGCUUCCUGAUCUAUCUGUUCCUGAGCAAGGACCACACCCCCUUCAGUUAGAGGAUCCAGAAAUGCUUCAUUCAACCGUCAGAGGACAGGUUGCAAAGGAGAGAGGCCCGGGGAACACGAACUUGGGGAGAGAGAGUGGAUGUUGCUAAGGAUGAGCUGAGCGCCGGUAGUAACCGGGAGUAACAGAAAGUGCCCAGAGAAGCAAGUGUUGAUGUACACAACUUGUAAGGCAGCCGUCCGUCCGCCUCCGUCCGUGUCCUCAGUCGCCAAGCAUAACCAUUUGCCAAUCCGCCUUGGGGCUCAUUUCAAGAGCGAAGAAAAGCACCAUGGAGGAGCUUUUUGUAUUCAUCUCGCUUGACCUGAAUAAGAAUAAGCAAGGCUGUUAAGUUGUCUUCCCUUCUUCCCUUCUCCUUGCUCUCUCUGAUGGUCUCCCUAAACUCUACUCAUUUUUUAUCCUCUGCUGGUGAGUUGUACUGGAACUAAUUGCUCCCAGCAAGUAGGUCAAAUGAUCAGUGGCUUCUGCCGCGCCUGAACUGAGUGGCUCUUGAGGAUCGUGCCUACCGACUCGCUCUGUCGUAUUCUCCCGGGUGCCUCGAACAGUGCUCUGCACACCGUAUGGACUCGACCGAUUCAACUGCUAGAUCAAUGGAGGAGGUGAGAGCAUCUGCCUCGUCUUUCAUCCUAGAAGUCAUCUCUGGUUCUGUCCCACCUCAAACUCAGCCACUUCUUCCUUUUUGUGGGUUCUUUCUUCCAUUCUAGGGAAUCCCCGGGUGCGACCGGGGUUGUGUCUCUUAUAUUUGUACCUGCCCCAGUGCUUCGCAUAGUGCUUGGCCCAUCGUAAGUGCUUGGGAGAUACUGCGACUGAGUAGCCCUGACCAUCUCUGAUAGAUCGUAAACUCCCAAAAGGAGGGGAUCGUGUCUACCGGCUCUGUUGUACUCAGUCUCCUAAGCACUUGCCCCGUGCUAAGCCCACAGUAGGUGCUCAAUCAAUGUUACAGAUAGAUAGAUGGGCCACUCUUGCUAGACUGUAAAUUUCUUGAGGGCAGGGGUCAUGUCUUCUAGUUUUACUGUAUUCUCCCAAACCCUCCGUACAGUGCUCUGCAUGCGAUAAGCAUUCAGUCAGUACCACUGGUUGAUCUCUGCGGGAGAAAGUCUCCCCAAAAUGUUCACAUAUGGAUGGGGGAGGGGGUGGUAACCCCAAAUUCACUUUUGGAACCACUUGUUAGCCAGGAAGGUGGCCAGCUUUCCCGGGAGUUCAGUUAGGAUGCUCCGCUCGCGUUUACUAGGAGGUUGAGCCCGACGACUCGUUUCAGAUGUGGGGGCCCAGAAUUCUUCUCAAAUGGCGAGGCUGGUCGGGGUUUGUAUUCUCCAGUUAGGAAACAAUUUGAAAGCCAUAUUUAUCCUAGGCUUUUUCACCUUCAAAGGGAAUAUGUUUUAUCACUGCAAAAUAGCAUCAUGGGUCCAAGAAACUUCCCAGAGAUGCAAACAAUAUAUUUCUCCACAGAUCAUCUCCCUCAAAGGGGCUGGACCGUACUCUGGGACUAGAAAUCGGGUGACCCGCUCAAUCUGCUCCCAUUUUGAAUCCCAAAUCCUGCCGGUUUGCUGAAUGCAAAAUGUGGAGUAGACUUUGGUUGUACUGAAUCCAGAAGGACGAGGAGUAGUCCUCGUAGGUAUCCAAGUCCCCAAACGUUGUGAAGACUUUCCUUUAAACUCUGAACUGUUCAACGUUCUCCUCAAGGGGAGAGAUGGCCCCUUGGCAGUCCCCGGGCCUCACCUGCCCUUUCAAGUCAGUCUCGAGAAACCUCUCCUUCUGACUCUGGAAUAUCUACAUCGUGUUUCUCGUUCUACUUUUCUACCCUGAAUCCAGAAGACCUCCACUUUCCUCCCUCGAGCACGAGGGGCUGGGCUUGAUGAUUCCGUUUCGUCUUCCACGUGGCUUGUAGCUGGCAUCUGCCCGUCCUUCAACUGCAAGGAGAGGGGCCCAUUUCGGAGGAAGGGCCCUAGGUGUUAGAGUCCACCCCCGGGCAGGAGGCCGUUCUUUCCCUUGCAGAGGAAAGACCUGCCCGGCCCCGAGUCUGGAGAAACCCAAGGCCGACUGGACGACUCUAUUUCUGAGGCCAGGCUAUUUUAACCCACUGCUGCCAUGUCGGUGCCUCUUCCUAUGGGUCAGAAGAAGGAAGCGCUCCAUCCCACACGUCCUUUUACACCCCCUGUUUCCAACGGCACCCUUAGAGAACCACGUUCGGUGUGACCAAACUCAACCCCCUCCUUGGCCGUCACCUGAAAUCUCAUGGUUUUUGUUUAUGUUUCUCUCCCCUUUUCCUUCGGCCUAUUUCCCUGAGUCCGUCAGCCUGGGAAUCUCUGUCCUGAUCUUAAUUGUUAAUGGCAGGGUGAAAUAGCCACAGGGGAACUGGGUAAACUGUUUCAGGGUGCUUUGGCGAGUUACCCUCACCCCGAGAGGAAGAGUUAACCCAAGGUCCCCAGAGCUGAAAACUGCUUCUGUGAUGCGGGGUACCGUGUCCCGGAGCCCUCAACAAAGAAUCCGUUUUUCUUUAGCGAAGGAACACAGAGUCUCAUUCCUUCUAACUCAGUCGAUCAAUCGGUCAAUCCACGGAGUUGAUGAGCAGCCUCAGAACGCAAGAGGGUCAGUAGACGGGAUCCCUGCCUGCAGGGUGUUUACUGUCUGAGUCUCCUUUAUACUUCAAGCUGAACGCGGCCCAUCUGGAUAGGCCCUUUCUCGUUGCCAUGGCAAAAUUCUUUCCCGUUAGAAAUUCUUCAGUCAUUCGAAACAUGCCUUCUCUUUGCUUUUCCACCCUGACAGACCACCCCCAGGCUUGCCCGGCCCCCGGGGGACUCGGACUCAUCAAGAGUGCUCUCCCUCGGGGAGCUCGCCCUUGUGAAAGCGCUGUGUGCGGUUGGACUUCUGACCCAGGUCUUGGACUCCCUGCCACCUGGCUUUCUUUGCCCGAUGUGCCUUAGCCCAGCAGUCUGACUUGCCCUGUUGGAAGUGGCUGAGAAAACGGACUGUGGUCUCUGAGGGUAGAAACCCAGCUAGGUUUCUCUGCUUCAGAGUCCCCACGAGAUGGCCGGCUGGCAGGUCUCGCCACCCUGUGUUCUCCCGGGGCGACCGUCUCCUGGAGGGAUUGCGGUUUGAGGGGGGCGUCGAUCAGCUGGGCCAGAUAACAAUCCCUUGUGUCGGUGCAGACCUUGUAUUUCUCCAAAGCCCUUUUCCAUCAGUGAACUAAUUUCAUCCUCACAACAAUCUUGUGAGGGAGGGAGAGGCAGGCAUUCGAAUCCCCAUUUUAUGGAGGAGAAAAGUGAAGCCUAAAGAGGUUAGAGUCUCACCUGAGGUCACCCACCAGGCCCGGGGCAGGCCCGGGACUAGCUCUGUGCUCUUCCCCACCCAGGCCGCUUGGCCGUCCGUCUUGUGACUAGCUCCCCGAAUGGUGUGGCGGUUUCCCGAGGUGAAAAGGUAGAAGGAUGGGCGUGCCCUGCAGAAGGCCAUCCGGGGGAGAGAGAGAUGCUUCCCCUCGGGGCUGGCCCAGAACCGCAGAUGGACGUCCCAGGGUCUCUGACUGGACCUGUCUGCCUGCCGGGAGCCCCGGCCGGAAGGCGGGAAACGUUUCCAACCGGCCGCAGGCGCGGUGGACGGACCCUUCGACUCCACCACAGACCUGCCGGGCCAGGCGUGUCGGAGGUAGCUCUGAGAGGGCAAGGUGGCAGGCGAGGGAAGUGGCUUACGCCAGGCUGGCGGGUUACCUAGCCGCUCCACGCAGGGAUUAUUUUAACCUUCGACUCUGGUCCGUAUUCCAUAGCUGGCUGCCCUAGGAGGUGGGGGCUGUGGCCUGGAGGAGUGGCACGGACACGCCCCCGCCACCGUUGCUUCUGACACCUUGUGGGGUUCUAGCUGGUUAUCAGCAGCGGCCCCAGCGCUUAGCCCAAGGCACUUACUAAACGCCAUCCUGGAAAUUCUUGUCCAGACAGAUGCCCGCGGUGGACAAGCGCUCUCUCCAACUCCCCGACAGCCUCCCCUGCCACACUGCUGGGGGAUGACCUGCGUCCUGGUACAGUUGAGGGUCUUCGUUUUGUGCCAUCUCUCUGCAACCCAAUGGGGCUACCCCUCACCUGUAGCCCCCCGAAGGUCGGCCAGAAGUGCCACUCCUCUCUCAGUUCUACCGCCAGGCCAGCGCCUCAGUCACCAACCAUGGACUGACGCUAUUUUGGGGCGGAGAAAGUAAAUGCUCACUAGAGCCCAGAGGUUAUUUUUAUAAUUGACGGUUAGACCUCCCCCCGCGAGCCCCCUCCCACCUCGACCAGCUCAGAAAAAUGACUCUGAGAAUUCCCACCUUGUACAUUUUUGAGACUUGUUUAAAAAGGAUAAUAAAGAGCAAUAGGCGUUUUACCCCCCCAACCCACUUUGAAGAGGGUGGACUGAUUAAUUUUAUAUUUUUAAACCUGUAAAUAUUUUAUUUUGGGUACUCUGUAUAUUUAUUGACCUAACCUCGUUGUGUACUGACGUUCCACCGUGCGUUGUGCUGUUUUUGAUAGCCAGCCUUUUAGGGAGGGUAAACAGCUUGGACUAACAGCCUUUCUUCUAUCCCUCCGACCUCGUAACUUGAAAAUGCACUGCUGUCAUUUUCUGGCUCGUGAUUAAGACUGCCAAUAAAUUCAGCUGUCACUCAAUA